AUGGCCUCUUUCAACAUUUUCAUCCUUGGUUUAUUUGUUGCUGUGUCAUCUUUAAGCAUGGAUGUUAGCUUAGCAGCUCGCAAUCUUUUGCAAUUGCCGCCUUUGCCAGAGCCUGCAGUGCCACCAAUCCCUGCUAUUCCAACUCUCCCCCCGCCCACGUUGCCAACCUUGCCAACCACACAACCUUCUCUGCCCAACCCCACUCUGCCUCCACUUCCUAGCUUGCCUACCUUGCCUGCUGUCCCCAAGGUCACCUUGCCUCCACUUUCAAGCAUCCCCUCAAUGCCCAAUAUCCCAAUUACAAUCCCCUCUAUCCCAUUCCUUUCCCCACCACCUGGAAACUAG